ACUUCACGUGCUUCGUACGAAAACGCGGAUAGGACGCCAUUUUGAUAUUAUCGAGAACAAGAAUAGCCGGGUUGUGUUCGAGGUCAUAUUUCUAAUAAUAUCAUUCUCUAUCCAUAUAUUUUAAUCAAAUUAUUCAACAGAUGACUGCUCCGCAAUCAGUAGUUAAGGAUGACGUUCAGCGCGAAAUUCCUAAGCCGAUAGAUCGUGAAAAGAUAUGCCCACUGCUUCUGCGUGUAUUUUGCUCUACAAGUCGUCACAAUCCCCUCAGCGAAUAUGACAGAGGAAGAACUCCGAGUAAUGAACUUCAAAUUUAUACUUGGAUGGAUGCUACAUUAAAAGAGCUAACAGCCUUAGUAAAGGAAGUGAAUAUCGACGCUAAAAGAAAGGGGACAUUUUUCGAUUUUGCGAUCGUUUUUCCAGACACAAGAUCACCAGUUUAUCGUAUGAGAGAAAUAGGAACUACUUGUGCGGGUAAACGAGGUGCCGAUGAUGAGCUCACAUUGGCAGGGAAAAGAUUUCAAAUUGGUGAUUAUAUCGAUAUCGCUAUUACUCCACCAAGAGGAGAUCGUCGAGACAUGGGACGGGAUAGAAGAUAUUGA